CCACCAAUAAUAAUCAAGCAGACGGAGACCAGCGCUAUCAACGUUAGCAGCGCGUUAGCCGACAAUGGCAAAACAUCAUCCAGAUUUGAUUUUUUGCCGAAAACAAGCCGGUGUUGCUAUCGGGAGACUCUGCGAGAAAUGUGAUGGAAAGUGUGUCAUCUGUGAUUCUUAUGUAAGACCGUGCACAUUAGUGCGAAUUUGUGACGAGUGCAAUUACGGGUCUUAUCAGGGACGCUGCGUCAUCUGCGGAGGGCCCGGUGUGUCUGAUGCCUACUACUGUAAAGAGUGCACCAUCCAGGAGAAAGAUCGGGACGGAUGUCCUAAGAUCGUGAACUUGGGCAGCUCCAAAACAGAUCUGUUCUAUGAAAGGAAGAAGUAUGGCUUCAAGAAGAGGUGAAGACGCUGCAGCCCAGACUUCCACUUAGUUUUAGUUUUUGUUUGUGAUUUUUCAAAACUUCCAAAAAAACCUUUUUGACUUGUCAAUAAAGUUGACUUUUAUAUUU